AUGACGGACUUGGAUGGAGACGACGUCGUGUAUGCGUCUAUUUUGACUCGUGUAGAGGACUCUGAGCUACACAAUAAGAUGAAUAAUGUACUGAAGAAGGAACUGAACAUAAUCAAACGUCACGUGCGUUACACGUCGUCGUCUUUGACCGCAUUACGGCAAUUGCAAGCAGCAGCAGGACACUUGCGACCGAAUGGCGAUUGGCUGCCCGCGACGCUAGAGACACAGUUAAAGAGCAUUGAGGAGACGAAUUAUUACUUAGAUAUUGUGAUGGACCAUAUGCAAAUGGAUAGAAAAAGGAAAAAGAGAAAACGACCAUGGACGAGGAGGACAAUGAAGAAAGAAGACAGGGACGAGAUUCUUAUUGUUGACGAAGAAAUACACAGUUAUGUACAAAGAACAGAUAAAGUAGAGAUAAUUGAGGAAAGGCUUAGUAGUGUUGAUACAGUGGAGAGAGACAAGAGUGAAACGCUGCAGGACGAGAAGGAGUCUCAUGUCGAAGUACUGGAUAUGGCAGGUGUUAGUGAGAGGCCAGAGAUAAACAGGGCAAUAAAGUGUGAAAGAGUGGAUUAUGCUGAGAGUGAGAUGGAUGAGAAGCAUGUAAAAGACAGCAAGAAGGACGAGGUGGGCUUAGAGAUGGUCACAGCUGAUGAGGGAAUAGUUGGAGUGGAGUUGAAAAUGCAGACAGGACGUGGUAAUAAAGAGCUCAAUGAUAUGAGGCAUGAAUGUGAAAAGCUGUCAAAUAGGUUGGUGGAAAUGCCAUUCGAUGCAACUGUGGUCGUGAAAGAAGAGCCGGUGACGGUAGAUGAUGUACAAGCUUUGCCUGAUGAUGCUGGAAGCAGUAUCAGGAAAUCUAAAAUAGCAGCUGACAUUGUGGAAUCACCUAUCGAGAUGGAGGUAAACGAAUCGCCUAGCGAGGUUGCGGCGAAUCUGGAGGCGUCAGGAUUGACAGAGUUGGCGGUAGAGCUGGAAGUGCCAGAUUCCGAGUCUGAUGACGAGUUUUCUCCUGUUCAAGAAAUAGUGGCUAAACUUCAGAAGGCAGAGUUUUCUACUCAGCUGGUCAGAGUUCCAGCCGCUGUGGACCAGUUGCGUACCUAUUUGUUUGACCGUAAAUAUCUGACCAUUGCCGCGGCGGACGGAUAUUUAUUUGCGCACAAGCGCAUUACCGAUAAGGAAAUUAACGAGAUCGGAUAUACGAUUGAGAAAAUCGUCUCCGUGGCCAUGAACUUGCCAAAAAGGCUGAGGAUCAAGCUUGCACUAUGCGACUUGCUCGCGACCAUUGAGCAACUUGAGUUUACCCUAGGCAAAUUGCCAGAGUUCUUACGCCCGGCCAUAAAGAAGCUCUCGAGUUAUUUUUCAUCGGAGAUGGAAACUAUAUCUGCUGAAAACCGUGCGGCUCGCUUUGCCGUCUUUCAUGUGUAG